AUGGCGGAGAAGCCACCGCCGGGCUAUAACAAUAGCCCACUCGGAGACACGCUUCGACUGGGGUCGUGGAACCCAGCACACCGACCCGAUUGCGACUACGGCCAACAACAGAAGGAAACGCCCGGUUCGCUCCUUGCCGUUCAAGCACCAGAGUCGCUUUCAGGCCCAGCGAUAGAGCCUGAACAAAAAGUUUGCGGUCUACCACUCCAUUCAUCUAAGGAGACGAACGAUGAUGGUGGAAUGGUAGAACUUACGCCGGACCACUCUGAAGAUGCUACUCCUUUUCCUAAUGGUAUCGCAGGCCAGAGGUGUGCCCCCUGGGAGAACCUUGAGACUCGGUCUAAAAGUACGACGAAUCCAGCGAUUAAUGACUCUCUAAUCGAUUCGGUUACGGGAUCGGACGUUAAAACUAGAACAAACUCUUUCCCUGACGUUCACAUCGACUCUCAGAAAAUGGUCUUGCAACCAGAGGAAUGUGAUGAGACUGUGAACCAUUCCGCUGGUAAUGAGACCGUCAGUAGCGAGUGUCAACUUCAUACUGGGCCUACUAUAGGCGCAAAUAGUCCCUCUAAAGCCGAUACUUGGGGUGAUGCGUUCACGAAUUCCGACGAUGCAGAUUUCUUCACGCAAAUAAGCUCCCAGACAAACCCAGUAUACAUUCCUCCUGAAUCUGAAUCUCGAUUUGACGAGGGUGUCCCGCUUGUGAGCAACAUCGAUGUUCGACAGGAGGAUAACCCUCCGCACGCGAUUGAGUCGUUUUUCGCCCAAGAUGAUCCCGCUGGUGACGCGGACUUUUUUAGCUCACAGAAACCAUGUCCUGGUGUGAAUCGUCCCUUAGAAUUUCAGCGUAAAUCGACAUCGGAUGUCCUUCAACAAUUUAGUGCUGAAAAUGAACCUCCUUCCAAUGUCGCCAUUAGUACUGUUACCUCACCCUCAACAGCUGUAGCUCAUGAGCACAGCUCGCCACUGGAACUGACGAAUACUCCUAACGUCGAGGUUGGAGAGGAGGAAUUGGCAGAGAGGUGGAAGGCAUUACUGGAGGAUGAUGAUAUGCUAAUAGAUGAUGAUAAUGCGCCAGUUGACGAAGUCGGUACCAUGCCAAUUGCCGCAACGCGGCCGGACCUUACUACGCCACAAAGAUCCAAUAUUUAUACCCCUCAUCAGCCUUCAACGUCCGAGAUAGUUGGUGACUUACCAGCCGCAGAGUAUUUUCCAAGCCAGGCAUCAACAGCAUCAACGGUUGAAAGCUUCUCUAACCGAUCGAAGGCCGGAUAUCAAUCCCCGUACGACCUACCAUUUGACAUUCGCCCAAAACAUACUGCCGUUCGCGCAGCUCCACGCCCUAUUGGUAUUGAUGCACCUCCGAGCAGCAUUUCAAUGUCGGGACAACCUCCACAAAGCUCAUCUUUCAUACCACCGCCUCCGGUAGGGACUGGGUAUCCGCCUGCAGCAGGUCCACCACCACCUACCGUUCAUACCACUCCACCUCCAAGUCGAGAGCCCAUCAGGGCUGGCAGCUUUUUUGAAGAACUUCCUCCAGUAUCGAGAUCGCAGCCGCCUACCCGAGACCGAUAUAAUCCCCAAGCCAAUAAUACCACCCCACAGACUAUUAGCGCUCAUUCAGCUCCUACCCCAUCGUUUCAAGAGCCAAAAAUCGAUCCCUAUUCCAAGUUCCAACUCCAGCCUCCGACCCGUUUGGACCCCUAUUCGACCCUCUCAGCUCCCCCCUCGCAGGCCCAAACGCCAUCCUCUUCCCGUUACUCUCCCCGGCCUCCCCAGCCUUCAACUAAAUCUAUUCCAUACCCACGAUAUUCCCCAGCACCACCGCAACCCCCUACCGCACCGGUACCCCCAUCAUAUGUCUCGCAGUCACCUAACGUGCACACAUCUGUAAAUACGCUUCCAUUCCAGCCACGAACAUCCAGCCCGUUGGCUCAUAAUGAACCCUCCAAAUCUCAAUUUUCCCCACCACGUAAGCAAGACUCCUUUCCGAACCCUGCCGCCUCUUCAUUGCAUUCUCGCAUUCCCCAGGCUGCGUCAGAUUCACAAAUAAUACCUCCUAAGAGAUCUAUGACCCAAUCCCCUGGAAAAAUGGCACCCUUUCAGAGUAAUGGAGGGCCGAUGCACAAAAGGCCAGCUUCCGCUCAUGGUCCCAGGUUGCCAGUACAACACGCGCCGUUUCAUCAGGUUUCCACACCGGGUGUUCAUAAUAACGUAUUGGAUGUGAUAGAACCCACUGACGGUCAAGAAAAUGAUCCUUUGGGUCGUUGGAAAGGGGCCCCAAUUUUUAAAUUCGGGUUUGGUGGGACCGUAAUUAGUACUUUCCCAAGGUAUAUUCCGAGAUAUGCGACCGGCCAGAUCAACCCCCGGAUGAAACCCAAUCCUGGAGACCUCAAAACCCACUCUGCUGCACAAUUUUUGACUGAAGACGAAUCAUCUACCAAGUUUCCUGGGCCUCUUAAAAGCAAAUCAAAGAAAAAAGAGGUUCUGAUCUGGCUAUCUGCUAUGAUAUCUUCUUUGGAAAACAAUCUUCCAACGAUCCACCCAAACCUCCAUCCCAUGGAAGAGCAUCGUGAAGAUACGAACAUACUUUGGAAAGUAGUGAAAGUCUUAGUCGAACACGAUGGGGUUCUGGGGGGUGCUGCAGCGGAAGCUAGCCUCCAGAGUGUUUUUCAUCCAAAUCUUAAUGACUCCAAAGUGACAAUACCCGGUCUUAGCUCUCAGGUUGUCCAGUCGACUUCUAGUUACUCUGCUACCGGCCAGUUGCGCGCUGAACCUACCGGUGGUUUAGGAGUUGAUGCCAUCUACAACAAUCUCGUUGCUGGCGAUAGGGAGAAAGCAGUCUGGGAUGCGGUUGAUCGUCGUCUUUGGGGCCACGCAAUGCUAAUUUCAUCUACGAUGGAAAAAUCCGUAUGGGGCCAGGUCGUUCGCGAAUUUAUUCGCCGCGAGGUUCGGUCGCUAGGACAAAAUACGGUGUCCUUAUCUGCUUUAUAUGAGGUGUUUGCGGGCAAUUUUGAGGAGAGCAUUGACGAACUUGUGCCUCCAUCUGCACGGGCUGGGCUACAGAUGGUAAGUAUGCAUGCGGGCCCUGGACCUACUAAAAAUGCUCUUGAAGGCUUGAAUAAAUGGAGGGACACGGUGAACUUGAUACUCAAAAACAGAAGCAGUCAGGAUCACCAGGCUUUACUGGCACUGGGCAAGUUGCUUGCAUCCUAUGGACGAGUUGCAGCAUCGCAUGUUUGUUGUCUGAUUGCAGGAACAACAGCCGGACCCAUAUUUGGGGGUAUUAAUGACCCACAAGCAAAUGUCGUUCUCCUUGGAGCAGAUCAUUGGCGACACCCAUCUACCUUUAUGGUAGAUCCAUAUGCCUACAUGCUAACAGAGGUAUACGAAUUUGCAACAUCGGUGCUAGCUGCUUCGCCGUCCCCAAUAUUACCUCACCUUCAGCCAUUCAAGCUCCAGCAUGCGGCCUCACUAAUUGAGCACGGACACAAGGCCGAAGCACAACAGUAUUGCGAGAUAAUUACCGCAAAUGUUGCCUCAAGAUCUGCCGUGAAAUCGCCAUAUUAUCACCAACAUUUCAUCACCAUGCUUGACGAACUAUCCUAUCGUCUAAGACAAGCCCCGACGGAUGGUUCAUCUUCUUGGAUGUCGAAACCUAGUAUGGAGAAAGUGUCUGGGUCAAUGUGGGCAAAGUUUAAUAGCUUUGUUGCUGGUGAUGACAACGAGAUAUCUAAUGGAGCUGGAAAAGCGGGCGACGGCGAUAUUGGCCCCUUUGCCAAGAUUACGGGAACUCCCCCUGUUAGCAGACCACCGUCCGUUGCCGAGACGUAUGGGUCAUAUUUUCCUCAAGCCCAGGCUAUUCCUACAACGACGAGCUCUCGAUAUGCCCCAAAUAGCCAAUAUGCCCCUUAUUCGUCUCCGGAGCAAUCUUAUGGCCGUCGAUCCUUCGAGACGCAGCCCUCGCCUGGAGGCACCUUGGGCAGAUCCUAUUCACAUAAACGACGUUCUCAAGACCCUUCAACACCGCUCGAAAAUACUUCUGUUUCAGUUCUCUCAAGUAGUAUCUACUCGCCACCCACCGGCUUAGGUGCCACUGCUACGUCUUCGAUUUCGCCGUACGCACCGCUUGCUCCUGUUGAAGAAAGACAUUCUCCCCUUAUCCAGUCUCCUACCAGUGAAAUUCCAGCCAUGAUGCAAAAUUCCACUGGUAGUUUUGGAAUAAUCCAAACACCACCAGAUCAAUCAUUAGUAGAACACCAGGGUAUAAAUGGUGAGCAGAUUAGUUAUCAGCCACCCACCUACGAUCCUCCCUCUUUAAGUACUGGGUAUGAACCUCCUUCGUACACGCCUUAUUCUCCUGAAGAAGAGAAUCCGGAUCAGGAAGCAAAACCGAGGCAGUCCUUCAUGGAUGGUGACAGUGACGGUGACGGUGGGUUUAUGGCUCGGGCAAACAAGCUGGCAGAAAAGGCACGAUUCGAUCGCGAAGCUGCCGAGGCAGUCAAAAGAGCAGCUGAAGAAGAUGCUAAACGACCUGCGGCUUCAGAGAAGAAAGGCUGGUUUACUGGCUGGUUUGGGAAGAAAGAAAAUCCCAACUCUAGCGGUCCUGUUCGAGCAGACCUGGGUGAUGACAAUUCCUUCUACUUCGAUAAAGAGUUGAAUAGAUGGGUUAAUAAGAAUGACCCCGGGGGCGCCACAGCAGUGGCGGCACCUCCACCUCCGCCAAAAGGAUCUACAUUGUUAAGUCAAUCCGCAAGCACUACACAAACACCAACAACACCUGCACCCCCGAAUGGCCGACCAGGCCCUUCUCCAAUUCCUGGAGGCGUGGGUUCCGCGCCUUCUACAGGCAUAAUGCAACUUCCAACACCGCCGUUAGUCUCUAUGCCCCCCCCCUCAGGAAGUCCCCGCUCUAUUCCAAGGUCUGUCUCUGCUGGUGCCCCAACCGGACCACCAUCGCGACCUGGUACAUCAUUAAGCACUGCUAGCUCUAUUGAUGAUCUCCUUGGGCCUCCACAGCCUCGAAAGGCGGGAACCCUAAAAGCAAAAAAGAAGGGCCGUGGCUAUAUCGAUGUAAUGGCAAAAUGA